AUGUGGAACGACAACACCUCGAAAGCCCAUAAUUUGGAGGUGUACUUCAACUCUGAUUCGUGUUUCAUGACGUCAGUUGCCACGAGCCAGAAUGAUGGCAAGCAGCUUGUGAUUGGCUCCAAUCAAGGCAAGAUGAUGAUGAUAGAUUUGGAGAACUUCGCGAAGAAUUGGCGCAUGGCACAUAGGGAGCAGAAAAGGGUGGUGGUCAUACGCUGGUGUGGAAACGUCUUUUUCAGUGGCACGGACGACGGGCACGUCUAUCUUCAUGAUCCCCGGGCAUCGGAGCCUUACGUCACCCAGUUCCGUCACCAUAGCUACGAGAUAGGCUCCCUCCAGCCCAGCCCAGAUAAUAGUCUGCUGGCCUGUGGGGUAAGGGAACUCGGAGAGGUGCUUAUCUGGGACCUCAGGGAGAGGAAAAUCUUUGAACAGCUGAGCACCCACAAGUCUGGGAAUCGGAAUGUCCUAUUAGUCUAA